UGUGGCCUUUCAUGGCUCAUUAGCUCUACUUUUGCAAGUGAAUGGAAAAACUUGUAGAAUGGAAACACACGGGUCAAACAUCCAUUGAAAUUUAACAGAGUUAACUUUUUUAGACUGUAGGGGAAAUUCUUCCAUAAUAUUGAGAGUUGCUAAUUCUCCGAAGAAUUACGAACCCAGUGUGAUGAAUCAAAUUUCUUUACUCUUGCCGCAUGGAGGGAAGACCAUAGCAUGGGCGUUCCCUCCCAACUUCCAGAAUGCUCUCCCUUAUAUGUCCUACUUACAUUGCUUAUCUAAAUUAUUCAUGGAAGGUUUAGGUCUUUCACAAAAAUGGUCCUUGGAUCUGACAUUGUGACUGUGACCAAAUGCUUAUCAGUUAUCCCCUUACCAUAUAACACAAACCCCCUUAAGCACUCUCUAUCUAUUAACUACCCCUCCUAAAACAUUAAUCUAUCACAUAAUAAUUAAUUACAUCUUUUUCCGGUCUUCCUCUUCGUCAUGAAGAGGCUCAGCCCACAACAUCCUGACUCUAGUUAACCAUUAUGCAAUAUGAUGUACAUAUACACUCGUCGUAGUGACAGUAGUACAUUGGCAUUUCGUAGAAAGUUUGGUUGGUUGGCACUUUAAAGAGUAAAGAAAAUUAAGUUGCACAGAUUUUGAGAGAUUGAGCCCAAUGGACUCUACACGAAAGUUUGGGAAAUACAGAGUGGAGCGGGAAGUGCUGGAUGAGCAGAGACUGGAAGAGGUAACGCAGAGAAAAACUUAUGCUGACACUCACCCUUCUCUAACUGAACGGCUCAAAGACUCCUUAAGAUGUACAUUACCCAAACUGAAACGAAGUGUGAUGAGCAGCUUGCCUGUGUUAUACUGGCUGCCCAAGUACUCAGUCUGGGACUAUGGCAUGCCAGACCUCAUCUCUGGCAUCAGUGUGGGCAUAAUGCACCUGCCACAAGGUAUGGCAUAUGCAUUGUUGGCUUCGUUACCUCCAGUAUUUGGGCUUUACACAUCCCUCUACCCAGCGUUGAUCUACAUCUUUUUUGGAACAUCACGUCAUAUCUCCAUCGGUACAUUUACCGUGCUCAGCAUCAUGGUGGGUAGUGUGACAGAGAGACUUGCUCCAGACAUGGAUUUCCUGAAAAGAAACGGGACCAACAUCACUGCAGAGUUGGACAUAACAGCCCGGGACUCAUACAGGGUGCAGGUGGCGGCUGCUACUACUGUCCUAGGAGGACUUAUUCAGGUGGUACUGGGCUUGGUAAAGUUUGGAUUUGUGGGAACGUACUUGUCUGAACCUCUGGUGCGGGCUUACACAACAGCUGCUGCAGCCCAUGCUGUGGUGGCACAACUGAAGUACAUCUUUGGAGUUUCACCAACACGGUUUAGCGGUUCCUUGUCGCUGGUGUAUACUCUGAAGGAUGUUUGCUCCUUGUUGCCACACACUCAUCUUCCCACACUGGUGGCCAGCGCAGUGUCCAUGGUGUUUCUAAUUGCAGCCAAGGAGCUCAACUCUUUUCUCAGUCCAAAGCUGCCAGUGCCUAUCCCAGUGGAGCUCAUCACAAUUGUGGCAGGAACAUUGAUAUCAUCCUUUGGCCAUUUGAACAGCAACUUCACUAUUGCAGUUGUUGGAGAAAUUCCUAGUGGUCUGAGUUCUCCCAGUGUUCCAGAUGUGAGUCUUUUUGGAGAAGUUAUAGGUGAUGCUUUUGCAUUAGCCAUUGUUGGAUAUGCUAUAUCUAUUUCACUGGGGAAAACAUUUGCACUGAAACAUGGAUACAAAGUGGACAGUAACCAGGAGCUGGUGGCGCUGGGCCUCAGUAAUACAGUGGGAGGCUUCUUCCAGUGCUACUCUGUCUGCCCAUCCAUGUCUCGAAGUCUCAUCCAAGAGACCACUGGAGGAAAAACACAAAUGGCUGGAGUGGCCUCAGCUCUAAUUGUGUUGAUAACUAUACUGAAACUUGGACCCCUGUUCCAGGAGCUGCCAAAGGCUGUCCUUGCAGCGAUUGUCUUUGUGAAUCUGAAGGGCAUGUUCAAGCAGUACUCUGACAUUGUCACACUGUGGAAAAGCAGCAAGAUUGAUCUGAUGGUAUGGUUGGUUACUUGGAUGUCAACACUGCUGUUCAAUCUGGAUCUGGGUCUGGCGGCAUCGAUCACCUUUGCUCUGCUUACCGUUAUCUUCAGAACUCAGCUACCAACGUACUCAGUUCUGGGAAAUGUUCCAGGUACAGAAUUGUAUGUGGAUAUAGAGACACACAGAGAGGCGAGAGAGAUUCCAGGUGUUACUAUAUUUCGCUCCUCUGCUACGGUGUAUUUUGCCAAUGCUGAGCUCUACCUUGAAGCUCUGAAAGAAAAGAGUGGGCUUGACAUCAGUAAAAUGAUUAUCUAUAAGAGGAGGCAGGAGGCCAAACAGAAACGUAGAGAAAGAAGGGCUGAGAGACGAGCCAAAAGGCAAGCCAAGAGAGAGAAACGGACACAGAGGAGGGCAGCUGAGCAGCAUUCUGGAGCACCGGUGUUCUCUGUGGAGGAAGAGGCCGGCAGCUGGAGGGACACGUGCUUGGACGGGGAUGUUACAGACAAGGAGGAGCAGCGAUGGACUGAGAGGGAAAACGGGACAGUGUUUGUCAUCCCAACCACUCCUCGAACACCAGACGGCCACUGUAGAUGGGAGUACCUGAAAGGAGGAGAUCCAGACUGCACCAGCAUAGGGUGGAUAUCUGAGCUGCAGGAUGGGGACACCACCACUCUGGGCUCCAGCAGUGAGGACACUCUGAGUCACGACCUGGAGCGGGUCUCUCUCGGGUCACUGGGCAAGUGGACCUGGGACAUUCACUCCAUCAUUAUAGACCUCUCCACUGCUAACUUCAUCGACACAGUGGCCAUCAAGACUAUGAAAAAUAUUUUCCAGGACUUUUGUGAGAUCGAUGUAGAUAUCUACAUGGCUGCUUGUCAAGCCUCUGUGGUGGAACAAUUAGAGCUCGGUGGCUUCUUCACAGAGUCAAUAACAAAGAGACGUCUUUUUGCCUCCGUUCAUGAUGCUGUGCUCUACUGUCAGAACCAUCGUGGAGCAACAUCAAUCCCCAGAUCCGAGCCUUCAGUGGAUGCAUACAGCAGCACAAAACUUUAAGGACUUCAACGAAAUAGGAAAUCCAGUGCUGAAGAUGGAAAAACUCAACACUUACUGGGCGGACUAUCAGAAGCUGAGAGCUGAGCAUAAAACAAACAAUACAUGUGAAUCACUGAUUGUAGUAUUAAAUAUUGUAGUGUUUCACUUUCAUUUUAUCUUUGAGUUCUAUUGAUAUUUAUACAUCUCGUCUUUAAAGUAGGAAGACUAACGCUAAAGACACAGGCUUAAUUUAACUUUAUUGAGUGUGAGAGUGAUACAGUGCAGUUUUAAUGACAAGAAAAUACAUAAAUACAUGAAAUGAAACAUCCAAACAAUACCCUUUUGAAAAGAAUAUGACAGAAAAUAAUGAUUCAUUGAAAGAACAAAGACAAGGCAACAUGCAUCACACUGAGGGUGUGUGAGCCUUUUUGGUCAUGGCUGCAAUAACAAGGUAGGACAUUGAAAUGUUGACGGUAGCCAUUUCAAUUUUCAAGUGCAAUUUUUUGCUCAUAGUAACAGCAAAACCUGUGACGCUAAUGCAUGCAAGGACUUUUUUUUGUCUCAACUCCUUUAAUGAGUUUCUAGUGCAACAUUCCUAAAAUGGGAAAUCACAGCAGAUUAAAAAAUAACAGGAUAACAAUAUCCAAGCAAUAUUUAACAAAAGCAUCUCUUUACAGUUGCAUAAAUCCACUGCGACCUCGUUCCCUGAAUAAAUCUUGUCUCCACAUACUGGCCACAGAGGACAUUGCCAAAGAAGUUGUGCACAGGACUGGAAGGCUAGGUAGAUUUUUUUUAAAUAUAAAUUUGGUUUACAAGCUACAAGUCUUCAUGGAUAUCAGAACUCUGUAUGUCCGGGUUCAGAGUCAGACCUUCUUCAUCCUCCUCGUCCUCUGGCUGCUGUGAAACCAGCUGCUGGUAGCGAGCCUGCCGCUGGUAAUCUGGAUCAAUGUUGAUCCAUUUAUUGGCGACCCACUUAGUGCCAUGGGUGACCACACAGCCUCCAUGCAGAGCGUAUUCAUCCUGCUCUCCCACCCAACCUAUUAUGGGGAAAAAAGCCAAUUUAGUGUCAGCAUCCAUAUUGUAACACACAGGGCUCACACUGAUGUUGUGACAGACACACUGCUUCAACUGGUUGGUCAAGAUGAAUUACUUGAGUGGUUUUAUUCUCCAAACUAACACCUGAGUUUAUUUGGAAAACUAUCAACCUUAAAUUCACUUUCUUAAACAGUAUAUUUGGUGUUUUUAUAGAUACAACACAACCACUAUGGGCAUUAAUCUCAACCUUUUGACUGUAUUUUAUAUAUUGACUUUUGCUCUGUGCCUGAAUUGUGCCAUGAAAAAUAAAUGUUAAAUGAUGUAACAUGCCAAGAUGAACAGAAUUGAAAUAAAUUAAUAAAAUGUUAUUUCAGGUGUA